GUCUCCACCCCGGAUACCGCUCCAUCCGCCGGCCCAUAUAAAGCUAGCACGACUAACAGGCCGUCUUCGGACUGUUCAUUUGUUCUUGUUGAUGGUGAGACUGUGCGAGAGAAGGAUGAAGUUCCUUGUAGCCGUUACGAUCAUUGUGGGAUCGCUGAUUUUUCUCGCGUUCCCAAAUGGCUCAUCCGCUGACGAGAAGAAGAAAGGCCCCAAAGUGACGGCGAAGGUGUUCUUCGACAUUAGAAUUGGAGACGAGGAUGUUGGAAGGGUUGUCAUCGGGGUGUUCGGCAAGACCGUCCCCAAAACGGUCGAUAACUUUGUGGCACUGGCAACAGGAGAGAAAGGAUUUGGUUAUAAGGGCAGCAAAUUCCACAGAGUCAUCAAGCAGUUCAUGAUCCAGGGUGGAGACUUUACCAGAGGAGACGGUACUGGAGGCAAGAGCAUCUAUGGAGACCGUUUCCCCGAUGAGAACUUCAAGCUGAAGCACUACGGCCCUGGCUGGCUCAGCAUGGCCAACGCUGGCAAAGACACCAACGGCUCUCAGUUCUUCAUCACCACAGUUAUGACUUCAUGGCUGGAUGGCAAACAUGUUGUCUUUGGAAAAGUUCUGGAGGGCAUGGAUGUGGUGAGAAAGAUUGAGAGCACUAAGACAGAUAGCCGCGACAAACCUCUUAAAGACGUCGUCAUCCACGACUGUGGCAAAAUCGAGGUGGAGAAGCCAUUCGCAGUUGCAAAGGAGUAGAGCGCUGCUGUGAGGAGGAGAGGGGGAACUGGACUGGGGGAGGGUGUUGGGGAGAAAUCGUGCAGGCCACCUUGUUUUAUCACCAACAGCCCUGUGGUCCUGGAGAAGGGGCUUUGGGUCGUUCGGUGUCUGUGGCCGCCGUCUUAACGCACCAGAAGAGCAUUAAUAUCGAGCAAUCAUGACAACACUCUGGGUCCAUUUACCAACGAGCAUUCCAAGGUGCACUUAACUGUUCGUUGUUGUUUUUUGUAAAAAAAGAAAAAAGAAAUCUGAAAUAAAGGUUUCAAAUUUUGUUAAA